AUGUUUACCUUCACCCCAUUGUUGGGCGCGCAGUUGUCGCAUUCGAAAGCGUCUCAGUCGAUAUUAGAGCUUGAUGGCGGCAUCAAAAUCCUUGUGGAUGUUGGUUGGGACGAUACAUUUAAUACCCGCGACUUAGCGGAGCUCGAAAAGCAUAUACCGACCCUUUCGCUCAUUCUUCUCACCCACGCGACCCCCGCUCAUAUUGGUGCCUUUGUUCACUGCUGUCGGACAUUCCCUCUUUUCACCCAGAUUCCCAUAUAUGCGACAAGUCCGGUAAUCGCGCUUGGACGAACAAGCUUGCAAGACCUUUAUGCAUCUGCGCCUCUCGCAGCCACUUUCCUCCCUCAAGCAUCAAUCUCCGAGCCGGGCGCAUCCUUGACACAAUCCGCCGUGGCCUCUAAUGGAGAUGCUGAAGGGAGCACAGACGCCUCAGCCAGCACAGGACGAAUCCUUUUACAGCCACCGAACGCCGAAGAUAUUGCUCGAUACUUUUCUCUUAUAACACCUCUCAAAUAUUCGCAGCCCCACCAGCCUCUUCCAUCGCCGUUCUCGCCGCCCUUAGAUGGGCUUACUCUUACAGCUUAUAAUGCCGGACACACUGUUGGUGGAACAAUAUGGCAUAUCCAACAUGGGUUGGAAUCCAUUGUCUACGCUACGGACUGGAAUCAAGCUCGCGAGAGUGUCAUGGCGGGUGCCUCGUGGUUCGGUGGGUUGGGUGCUAGUGGCACAGAAGUCAUCGAACAGCUGCGGAAGCCAACAGCUUUGAUCUGUAGUACGAAGGGGGGUGACAAAUUUGCUGUUACCGGAGGUCGCAAAAAGAGAGAUGAUCUGCUUCUUGAGAUGAUUAGGAGCAGCCUUGCAAAAGGUGGUACUGUGCUUAUUCCCACAGACACCAGUGCUCGAGUGUUAGAGCUGGCUUAUGCAUUGGAGCACGCUUGGCGCGAUGCGGCCUCUGGCGAGAAAGAGGACGUUUUCAAAGGCUCUGGGUUAUAUUUAGCUGGGCGUAAAGUCAACACUACCAUGCGUCUAGCUCGCAGUAUGCUCGAGUGGAUGGAUGAGAAUAUCGUUCGUGAAUUUGAAGCUUCCGAAGGUGCUGAUGGAGGCACGGGUCAGAAGAAUGGCGGACAGGGCCAAGAGAAAGGCAGCAAAAGCGCUGGACCAUUCACUUUUAAGCAUCUCAGAACCGUCGAACGCACAAAGAAACUGGAGAAAAUUCUCUCCGAGAAGGGACCAAAGGUUAUUCUUGCGUCUGAUACAUCAUUGGCAUGGGGAUUUUCAAAAGAAUCUCUUCGCCAAAUCGCCGGAGAUCCCAAUAAUCUGGUCUUGUUAACAGAGUCAUUCCGCCAAACAGCAUCUGAAGUGCAACUGCCUCCAAGUUCGCUAUCUCUUGGAGAUACUAUUUGGCAGUGGUACGAAGAGCGACGCGAUGGCGUAGCUCUAGAAAAGGCGUCAGAUGGCGAAUUACUCGAGCAAGUUCACAGCGGUGGGCGAGAGCUGAUUUGGACGGAUGUGCAACGAGCUCCACUCGAUGCAAGUGAACAAAUGCUAUAUCAACAGUAUCUAGCUACCAAGCGGCAGCUGGAGGAUACAUCUCAAGUCCGAGGAGGACAGGAAACUUUCGAAAAUGCAGCGGACGCACUGGAUGAUCGGUCUAGCUCGACUUCGUCAGAAGACUCCGAUGAAGAGGGCCAGGGCCGUGUCCUUAAUUUCUCAACCUCCCUAGCCCACGCUAAUCGAAACAAGCUGGCACUUACCGAUGAAGAUCUGGGUAUCAACGUUCUUUUACGACGCAAGAAUGUCUACGACUAUGAUGUGCGUGAGAAGAAGGGACGCGAGCGCAUGUUCCCGUAUGUGGCACCGAGAAAGAAGGGCGAUGAGUACGGUGAAUUCAUCCGACCUGAGGAAUACCUUCGCGCGGAGGAGCGUGAGGAGAUUGAUAUGCAACAACGGCGAUCAGAUGCACAAACAAAACUUGGACAGAAACGACGAUGGGAUGAGGCUACUGGAGCCGGUGGUCGAAGGCUAUCUGGCGGUGCAGACGGUCGCAAGCGCCAGCAAUUGACCAAAGAUGGCCAAAGAGUUGAUUCAGGUGCAGGCGAUGAUUAUAGUCUUGCAUCUGAUGCUGAAGAUGGCGACGGAGCUGUAUCUUCGGAAGAUGAAGUUGAUGUUCAGGGAUUCGAGGGCCCCGCAAAGGCUGUUUACACUACGAAUACAGUUACGAUAAAUGCCCGAAUUGCAUUCAUUGAUUUCAUGGGCUUGCACGAUAAGCGCAGCUUGGAAAUGCUGAUCCCUCUUAUUCAGCCUCAAAAGCUGAUCCUUGUCGGUGGAACCAAAGCAGAGACCGCGGACUUGGCGUCGGAAUGCAAGAAGCUCUUAGCAGCUAAGGCCGGCGUUGAUGUCUCUGCCUCUGCAGCAGAUGCCGCAGCCAUCAUUUUCACCCCUAGUAACGGUGAAGUCGUCGACGCUAGUGUUGACACAAAUGCCUGGAUGGUCAAGCUGAGCAAUAAUCUUGUGCGCCGGUUGAACUGGCAGCAUGUCCGCAGCCUUGGAGUCGUUGCUCUCACCGCUCAAUUGCGAGGACCUGAAAUCCUCACCGAGGAUGGAGAUGUUGACGCCGAGGCAGCUGCCAAGAAGCUGAAAUUCGAUGGGGAGGGGAAUUCUUCAGCAGUCGUUCCUACUUCAAAAAGUGUCACUAAGUCCGGCGAUAAGUCGGAUGUAUUCCCUCUUCUUGAUACUCUACCCGCUAGCAUGGCUGCUGGCACAAGAUCUGUUGCCCGACCACUACACGUUGGUGAUUUGCGUCUCGCUGAUCUUCGCAGACUCAUGCAAGCAGCUGGACAUAUCGCUGAGUUCCGGGGUGAAGGAAUUCUUCUUAUCGACAAAUCAGUUGCUGUCCGUAAGUCUGGCACUGGCCGAAUUGAGAUUGAAGCCUCGGCACAGUCAGCUGCGUUCUCUACUGGUCGUGAUGCUGGCAGCUUCCUAGCCGUCAAAAAGAAGAUCUAUGAAGGUCUAGCUGUUGUGGCAGGAAGCUAG